CGUCAAUGUUGGAAUGUGCAAACCUAUGAAGAGCAAGAGACAGGCCUAUAAAUACAUUCUCAUCCACUGGGACAUUUUCAACUUUUCGAUCAACCACUGGAUUCCCACACAGUCUCUCUAAAGCAAAUUUGUGUCGUGGAUGUGGUCCAUAAUGGGGGCUCCUGGGGGUUUGCUGCUACUUAUAAUUUUGCAGGUUUUUACAAGAAUCACUUCAGGGACACUUGUCUCCAGCUGUGACUCAUGUCAUGAUGAAGCCACCUGCCUGAAGUCACAAGAGAGAGGCGACUCUUUCACUAACCAGGCGCCCUCUUGUGUCUGUAAAGAAGGCUUUGUAGGCGAUGGUCUCACCUGCUUCGAUACAAAACUCUGCAGUGACUCCUCUUGCUGCAGCCAAGGUUAUCACUGGUCAGCGGACAGAGGCUGUGUGGAAACUGAUGAGUGCUCCCUCCCAAAGUCACCUUGCCCCCCACCUCAUGUGUGCCAAAACACCCCAGGCUCCUUCGAGUGCCUGGCGCCUUCUUCCAGGAACAAAAUAGAUUCAUCUUUCCAAUCUGUCCAGUUCAGCUGUGGAAACACUGUUUGUCCCCUAGGCAUGGACUGCAUCGGUAGUAAUGGGACUCAGCGCUGUGCUGACCCCUGUGAGAACUACACCGAAUUGCAUGAUGACUGGCGUUCGACAAAUAACACAUCAACUGAGGUCACACACUGUGACCGAGAUGUUAACUGGCAAGGCUGGUAUCGCCUGUUUCUGGGGCAAACCAGUGCUCGUAUUCCAGAAAGGUGUGUCAGUGAAAACAGGUGUGGAACCCAUGCUCCGAUGUGGAUAACAGAACCUCAUCCCACACAGUCAGGCAAAAUUGUAAGUCGAGCUGCGUGCAAUUCCUGGGCUGGCAGCUGCUGCUAUUUUAGCUCAAACACCAUCCAUGUCAAGCUCUGCUAUGGAAACUACUACGUCUACAAACUGGUGAAGCCGUCCGCAUGCAGCCUUGCAUACUGUGCAG